AUGCAGGCUCGACCAGGUAACGGCCCGGGAGGUGUUGGCUCGUGUUUCGUCGGUGGGCUUCUGGCCAUGCCCGUGCCGUCAUCCCGUCAUUCGUUCCGUUACAGUGGUCCACGGCCCCGUCCUUCUAAGCAGACGCGCACCACCACUCAGACCGACAGUGCGGCGGACGAGGACAAUGAGGGGGAGGAUGGGGGGGAGGAGGAGGACGAGGAGGGUAGCGGUGACGAUAGUGAGCCGGGGUGGACACCCGAGACUCAUGGCGGUGGUGGUGCGGACGGGGGAGGAGAUGAGGAUGAGGCGAUGGAAGGGUUGGAGCCAGAGGGGGUGGAGGAGGGGGUUGGUGAGGGAGGAGGGGGUUGGUGA